AUGGUCUUUCAUAUUAACAGCAUCGUUGCAGGUAGGAAAUCUCUUUGGGUGGACUGGAUUCAUGAGCAUAGGCUCAAGGGCAGAAGCUUUUGGGAUGUUAAAGUGCCGCAAAAUUCCACUUGGGGAUGGAGGAAAUUGUUGUCAUAUAGGAGUUCGGUUCGGAAGUUCUUUUGGAAACGGAUUGGGAAUGGCGUAAAUACAUCCGUUUGGCAUGAUACUUGGUGUAACGAAUGCCCAUUGAGUCAGUACGUGUCCCCGAGGAUUAUGUCGCAACAAGGAUUUUCCAUUUUUUCCAGAGUUGCUGAUGUUUUUAGAGAGGGUACUUGGCAAUGGCCGGUUGCCUGGCGAGAUUUGUUUCCGGUAUUAUUCAAUCUUAAUACGGUCAAUUUGAUCCCGAACAAACAAGACUUUACCUUAUGGAGAAAUAACGAAGGAAAGUUAAUGCCGUUUACUUCAAAGGUAGUGUGGGAGACUAUUCGUUCUCGGGGAGCUGAUGCUGUUUGGUCGAGAGUGGUCUGGUCCGGAUGUAACAUUCCUAGACACUCCUUUCAUUGCUGGUUGAUUUUUCGAAGGAAACUUUGGACACAAGACAGAAUUAGAAGAUGGAAUUGUAGUAUUUCCGGUUCAAUGAAUAUGCUGUGUUGUUUGUUGUGCCAGAAGGGGAUGGAUUCGCAUGAUCAUUUGUUUUUCGAAUGUGCAUACUCUACUCGGGUUUGGGAUGCCAUAAAGGAGACAACAUGUAUUAAUAAUGUGCAAGGCAAAUGGGAAGAUAUUAUGAGCUGGUUAAUUCCGAGAGCUAACUCAAAAUCGCUGAAUUCGGUAAUUGCUAAACUUACUAUUAAGGCGACAGCUUACUUUAUUUGGCAGGAGAGAAACUCAAGAUUCUUUAAUAAUCAGCUUCGGCCACCGGAACAAAUUACAAGCGUCAUUAUAAGCACGGUGAGGAUGAAGCUUCAAACUUUCAAGUACAAGGAUAAGCCUAAUGUUAGAAGUAUCCUGGAAGAUUGGAAGUUGUACCCGUUGGAAGCAUACAUAGAUAACUAA